GGUUAGGAGCCCUCCCCGGGAGCACCGCGACCCUUCCGACCCAGCUUGCGGGCCCAGGGGCUUUUCAGCCCCGGCUUUCCCAUGCGCGGGCCCGGCCCGGGAUUGUCCUCCGCGGCAGCGCUCGCCGCUCCCAACCCUCCCUUCUUCCCCUCCUCCAUCCCUGGAGCCCUCAGCGCAUCCCGGCUGCCACCUGCAUUCGCUGCUGCCGCACGGCUCCAGUACCACCAGGCUGCGGUAGCACCGGGCUCCGGUACCACCGGGCAGCGGCUGCCCAUCCCCUGCCGUGGCCGGAGCUGAAGUGGCGGGUCCAGCCGCGCACCACCCGGCCGAGCCCCGGGAGGUGGCCGGGCACACCGGAGCCAAGCGCCGGGCUCGCCCCUUUGUCACCGCGGCGGCGGGGAGGCCAUUUUACCAAAAACCACGAGGAAACCACGCAAAGCAGAAGAGGAUUACAGGGCACGCACAUCCGGGUAGAACCGCGCAGAGCGCUUCGCUGCGGGCCGCCCCUCCAUCCAGCUGGGUGGGAUGCCCAGCGCCGAGGGGACUCCCAGGACGGAGGGGCGGGAGCGCGACGGCCCCGCCGCCCGGGAGGAUCGCAAGCGGCGCUCCCCAGCCGUGCCGGGGAAGUGACGCUAAGCGGGCCGGCCCCCGGAAGCGCCGCCGGGACCCCUCUGCAGCUAUGUAGGACCUGCCGCCAGGACGGGACGCGACGUGCGGCCGGCGCCAUGGACGGCAGCGGCGCCGCGGCUCCGGCGGGGCCUAGCCUACCCAAUCUCACCCCGCGGCACCGGCAGCUCAUCCCCACGCCCUGCGGCCCCAUAAAACCAUGUUCAGAGCUCUCAUUCCCUGUGAAGAUCUACUUCUGUGUCACUAUUUUGUCCCUACUGAGUGUCAUAGGGCUGACCAUAGAGACAUUGGUGCGCCAGACUGAGGAGGAUUUCACCAUUUCCUUUAUUCAGUUGGUUGGAGUUGUGUUCUGUGUGUAUUAUGUGAGCAGGGGCAUCCUGCAGGAGAACCGCCAGGAGCUCGUUGUGUUUGUGCUCUCCAUCCUGCUUGUGAUGCUCCGCUCCAUCAUCAACUUCACUGUGCUCCCUGAUGAGCAGAAGCCAAAACUCCUGGCCCGUUUUGUGCUGAUCCUUCUGGUGGGCUCCUUUGAUGUGAUCUGUGCCCUCAUCCUCAUCCAGAGCCAGUCCAUGAUGGCAUUCCGAGUGGGGGGUGCCCUGGAGAGCCUCCAGUCCCAGUACUUCAUGCUCAACCUCUGCUUUUCCAUGCUCACUUUUGAUCUGCAGGCACAGCUGUGCCUGUGCAUCCUCUUGAUCAGCCUGCAUGAGAUCACCCUGCUGCACAACAUCAUCUCAGCCACGGGCAUCGUCUGGGCCUGCCUGAAGGUCACCAUGGGCAUCAUUGCAAUUUUAAAAGAGCUGAAACCUUUGGUGUGGGUAUUUCUGAUUCAGAAUGUGCCUGAGGUGGUUUAUCUCAUCUACCUGCUCUACACGGUGAUAAGGGAGUGGGGCAAAGGCAAUUCUUACACCUUGGAAGCUGCUUUCAUCACUGGUUCCUGCAUUUCUGUCGCCAUAAAAUCUGUUCUGUUCUGGGCUCUGGUUCAUGUCUACCGCAGCUUUGGGCAGGGACUGAGGGAGAGAAUGUUUUCUUCCUAUGGAAGGAUUGACUCCUGAGCCCUCCCCAUGCUCCCCCCUGCAGCUCUCAGAGUGAAGCCACCCUAGGAACUCCUGACCAAGAACCUGCAGCCAGGGUGGCAAUAAAGGAUCACUUUCCCAGAAUGGAGAAGGUUCAGGAAGAUGUCACAUGUUCCUUGGAGUAGUGCAGGUGGUACAGAGCUUAAAAAGCAAAAUACACUGAUCUUGCUGACAGGACCAAGCAGCUUUCACUCACUCCUUUUCCUGCUCUGCUGCUUUGAAAGCACAGGGGGUUCACAUCUGCAUGUGAGUGGGAAAUGGUGCUCCUGCCAAUGCUUUUUCCCUGGAUAGACACAAACAUCAUGAAGGAUAUUUGCACACCCUUCCUCUGUACCCAAGUGUAGAAGGGGAUUGUGAUGCCAUCAGUUUCCAGCUUGGAUCUACUGCUGAGCAGGUCCAGCCCUAAUGGUUUGGUGACAGUGGUGUCCCCUGUUUAGGGCUCUUUUUCCUCUUCUGGCUUUAGAACAUUUCAGUUUUGUUUUGCUUUUUAACCCCAGCUACCCAUAAAAACUACUCCCUGUAACCUCACCCCUCCCUCAGUGUAACCAAGGUGCCAUUUCAUACCAGGGGGACUGUUCAAAUUAUGCCUUUAAUAUUGUAAUUUAAAAGUUUGGUAUCUUAUUGACUGAAACCUUUAACUACUGGCUAUUUUUUAAUAAAGUACAAGCACAGUUUG